GAGAGGUAAGCUGGGCUUUGGUAUAUAAGUGCGUGUGCCUGAGGUAGCUGAUAUUGGAGCACAAUUGAGGAUGGGACAGGCUGCGACUUUACCCUGCAGAAGCGGCGGCACCUACGUCACAGAACUUUAUGAAUGGUUUAGGAAGUUCUUAAACGAUUGUCCGAGCGGCCUGAUCACUCUGCACGAGUUCAGACGCCACUUCUGUGAUGGAACUGUGGGAAUUGAGUCUGCAGAAUACGCUGAGCAGAUCUUCCGUACCCUAGACAACAACGAGGAUGGAUUCGUUGACUUCCGAGAAUACGUGAUGGCCAUUAGCAUGCUGUUAGAAGGUUCAUCAGUGGAGAAGCUUCGCUGGUCGUUUAAACUUUAUGACAAGGACAAGGAUGGAGCCAUAACACGAUCAGAGAUGCUUGACAUCAUGCAGGCUGUGUAUAAGAUGAGUGUUGCAGCCUCUCUAACCGAACCUAAUCCACUGACUGCUGAGGAAUGCACCAACAGGAUAUUCACACAACUAGACAAAGACAACAAUGCCAUCAUCAGUCUGGAGGAGUUCAUUGAGGGGGCACUGGAUGAUGAGUGGAUAAGAGAGAUGUUGGCGUGUGACCCCAACACUGUAAAGAUAGAGCGACCCUUUAAGGGUUCCUUCAAAAUCUAACGUUUUGGGUUCAUCUGAGCUUACAGAAUGAAGGAUGUCCCAUCUGCUGGAGCAGUAGACUAGUAUUUCUGGCAGUUCCCCUACACCACACAUAUAAAGGGUUCCUGUUCUGCUCUAUAUUUAACUUUUUAGAUCAAUAAACAGUAAAAUUUGAAGGCAUGAUGAUGAAAGACCAUGUUUUGGAAGCGCUACAGCAAAGGCAGCUUUCUUCUGGAUGUGUAAUGUGCAAUUAAUAGAGUAAAAGUAUUGCAUUGCUAAAUGUGUCUGACCCUAUUACAGUGCUUAUUGAUACCUACAUGAUACUUUUUUAUUUGCUAUGCACAAAGAAGCUAAAGCAUUUUAGGAUGACUAUCAUACCAUAUUUGA